AUGGUAGACGGGGUAUCGGUAGCAGUAGGAUGUGCAGUAGGCAUCCCGUGUGGGCUAGCAGUGGUGGUGGCUGUGGUUUUCUGGUCGCUAAUGCAGAGACGGUUCCGAAAAGAAAGAGAGGAAGACGCAGAGUCCCUGAGCGGUGAUGGAGCUAUUAGCUUCAGAAACAUGGAGGCGUUGCGGGAAGAAAGAAAUAUUGCAAGUGGGCGUGAUGAGCAGGACGGAGACCUGGAAAAAGUCGAGGCAGUAGUACAGCACGCUGCAGAGGGCUCAUCGUCCUCGGAUCAGACACAUACGCUAGAAAGCAGCAGCGCUGCACCCGCCAAAAACGAGAAAAACGAGAAAAUCAAAAAAUGGGGGUUCAAAACCGAUUCUGCAACCUCCUCAAAAUCAGCUAAACCCAACAGAAGAAAUACGUAUAUGCCGGCAUAUCGUAAAAGACUCAACUCGUCCAUUGGGUCCCUAAACACGGGCGAGCUUCGGACCACCAACGAAAGUUCUUCAACGUCUCUUGAAACUAAGCCCGCCAGUGUGCCGACGGUUAACGAACCCACGGUAUUGGAUCAGAUGAUUCCAGUUUUGGACCAUCGCAACACAUCCGACUCUGCUCUGGCAACAAAUUCAGAAUUCAGUCUUACGCACGACAAACACUCUAGCAACGACAAUCUCAUCAAGAACUUACAAACCCACGACUUUGGAUCAUACCCGAGAAGAAGAUCGUCUGUGAACCUAAACAGCAUGGCCUCGGCAAACAUCUCAAGCAGUUCGGUAGUCACCAGGUCGUCUUCGACGCACUCCCUCGCAAAAGGUUCAGAAAACGUCUUUGAUACACCCACCAACAAUAAAACUAACAACGGCAUACCGAAUCAACAAUCAACUACUGAAAAGCGCGAUGACCGAUCCCCAGAGUAUGGUGAAAACGGUUUCGUGGAUGCCAAACAAGAUUACUACAUGCUAAAGAAUAACUACGACGUGAAAAACAAAAGUGAAAUCGCAGAAGAGGACCAAUACGAGAACGAAUUCACAAACUACACUGAAAGCAAGCGAGAAUUCAUCAACAGCCUGAAACCACGAAAGCGUUGA